GCCCUUUCGCCAGUCGACACACUUCCUCUCCUUCUUCACAUCCACCAGCGUCGUUUGUGCGAAUCCUUUCCGGUGCAUCUUUGCUUUGUCUCCUUUCCUCCCCUCGCCAGCACCGGUUCUUCGCGCCUUCGACCAUUGCAUUCUCUUUCGCUUCGUCUGCCAACAAGCAUCUCGGUCGUCCCAUUUGCCAGCGUGUGAUCAUGUGUGGACGCUGAACAAGGUGGAACAGUUUGGUCUCUUUACUCCCUCACGAUCCUCGCGAUAGACCGACAGCCGCCUAUUUUAAACUUAAUUCUCCUUCGAACCUUCUAUUCGACCGACGAGAUACCUACCAAACUCGGUCCUUUGCCCGCCUCUUUGAACCGCCAUCGUCCUCGUUUUGCGCUCGUCUCACGACCUGACGGCCUAGUUACAAACGCGGAACCUAUACGACGGCCUUCCUUUCGUCUUCAGUCUUCUCUCUUUUUCUACAAAACCUUACUGGGGCAAUAAGCAGCCAAGAACCUCACUCAAGUCUUGCCUGUCGACGUUUUGCCUAGCAGAGCCAACAAACGGAUCCAGCAGCGCUGUCCGCUCGCCAACACCAAACGAGAUUUGCUUGGUUACAAAACGCAACUAGAGAGGGUGUUAAUCACGAUAGUCACCUCGGUAUCCUCCUCGAACUACACAGUCUGGGCACCUACCUUUCUCCUCUAAAAGCAGAAUUUCCCAGCCCGACAACCAGUGGUGCGCCAACAAUCAAAAGCACCACGUCGGAAACCAUGCCGUCCGCAGCUGCGCGACAAGUUUAUGAGGAUCAAAUACCGACGUUUAUGUCCGUAUUUGAUCUAUUGACUGAUCCCAUGGUUGAUUGUGACGCAGUCACUUUGGUUAACCCAAAAAUGGCAGACCUCAGCGCAAAGGCGCCUGCCAUCGCCCACCCUUCCACACAUGGGCAUAUCCAUACGGACCACAAACACCACAACAGCAAUUCGUCUGAAUUAUCCGCAUCUACCGAUUCGUCUCCCACAACAAUCUCAACGACUGAUUCGUCUCCUCUGACAGAUGGCUCGCCCUCAUCCUCACCCGACUCUCCCAUCCACCUAAUCCCACUACACAGUUAUCCCGGUUCAAGUUUCGAUGGCACGACGAUUGUAACAUCCCCUAUUGCGGCUCUUCCAGAGCCGAGCAGUACAUUUCAGCGACCGAUGACGUCCCCGGCACCAAGACGGCCGCGUAAUAUGAAGAACCUGUCCAUUCAGCCCCCGUCAUCAUCAGGGUCCCAAGUACAGACUACCGAUCCUGGAACGCCCGCCUUCAUUAAGCCUACGAUACCUGGAAUGAGACGAAAGCCCAGCUUGCUGAGCCUGAACACCAACACAACCGGUCUGCUGGGCGGGCCCAAGUUGGCGGUGCCAGCCUCUCCAGCCCUUCCUCCUAUUCUUCAAAGAAGAGCCCUCAAACACUCUACCUCUUCGCCGCAUAUGCUGGCAAGAGUAGUCACUACCUCCAGCGACAUUCCUCCCAUGCCCAAGAUGCUUGAGCGUAAUGAGUCUGGGCUCUCAGAUUUCUUGCGCCCUAUGAAAACCGGAACUGAGGAUAGCUUCGACAACACCAUCCACGAGGAGCCAGCAUCUAUCAAGACGCAGGUUGCCAACUUUACGGAGUAUGAGCCCUACGAUGAGCGCGUGAACAACGAAGACCAGAAGUCUCCUACCUAUCCUAAUGGCCCUGUGGCAAUUUACGGGGACAACGUCUUCUUAUACUUGGAGCCCACCGCCGCAGAAGCGUCCAAAUUCGACGUGGUCUUCAACGUCGCUCGUGAGGUUCAGGAUCCCUUUGAGCAGCCAAGCAAAACGCCUUCACAUUUCCCUGCUGACGUCAGCCCUGUUCCUGAUACUGCGGCGACGGAUUGCACAUUUGCCACGGCACUUGAGUACCAGGCUUCUCCCACGGAUAGCUCCGUCGAGACACCAACAACACCCAGAGCCAUCCCGCUUCAAAAGCCCGAGUAUAUCCAUAUGGACUGGGACCAUAACACGGAUAUUUCACCUGAUCUGAUGGAGCUUUGUGAAAAGAUCGAUGCUCGUACCAAGCAAGGCAAGCGAGUUUUGAUUCACUGUCAGCAAGGAGCUAGUCGUUCAGCCAGUCUUAUCAUUGCCUAUGGUUUAUUCCAAAAUCCGGCAUUGAGUGUCAACGAUGCCUACUAUGCAGCACAAGCCAAGAGCAAGUGGAUUAGCCCCAACAUGAAGCUCAUGUACUCGUUGCAGGACUUUCAAAAAGAGGUCUCUCGUAAGCUGUCCCCGCCAACCGCUUAUAGGCCACGCACAGGCCGUAGCCCAACCAAGCACCGCCUCACAUUGUCCGCCGAUGCUAUUCCCAUGGAUCCCAAGGAGCCAAAGACGGCACCACUCCCAACUUGCAACGAAUCUAGCGGCGCUCGACAGCUCGAUGAGAGCCCAACCCGACCCCGCGGAAACUCGACGCCUGAUAUGCCCAUUGCACCAGGACCAGCUUCGGCACCACUAACCUCGUCAUGGAGAGAAUUAAGCACACCUGAGGAAGAGGUUCCUGAGGUGCUGGCAGAAGCGUCACCGGCGCCAAACGUCAUCCCGCCAGAACCGCAACGCCCUGCACCGCCAAUCCCCUUUAUUCCAAUCCAUGUCGGAGAGUCCCUGCCGCGACCAAAAUCUGGCUUUGGCCAAUCGCAACCGAGCUCCAUGGCCGACAUGUUGUCAAAGGCACAAGCAUCCGAACCAAGACCGCGUUCUAGCUUGGGCUUUCGCAGCCUACCUCUGCGCAGCAUUCAGGAGCAGCCGUCUGCCCCCAUUGGGGCGGAAGCUAUGAGGAAGCCGAGUCCCUUUACCUCUCACGUCGUAACAAGGACUAUCGCGAUGCCUGUCCCUACAUUCCCCGAUAUGAGUGACCUAAUGUCCCCGCGCGCGGAAACCAUGACAACGAAGCCUCUAUGGGCAACGCACGAGCCGUCUCUAGCGCGCUUCAUCGAGAGCCCGCCAACACCAACCGUUGGUCUCUUUUCUCCACGUCUGGGCGGAUUUCCCAAGGAUCCCUUUUCCCUCGUUAUGCGCCCUCCUCCAGUUGCAGAUCCUCGCAGUCCGCCAACGCGAGGUGAGGCACAGAUUACCAGGUCCAUCGAUAAUCUCAUCUAACGACAUAUUCACGACAUCCAUGCAAUACACACCACUACACUUGCCGUAGACUGUCGGCUCUUCUUUUCCUUUUGAUCGAUACAUUCCUUAUCAGCACGACCAUCUGCAGGCCAAAAUUGGUCCAGUGUUUGAUACGCCGCCAUGGCUACAUAUUCCAGCAUACGGACUGUUCCUUGAUGACUCACUGGCGCAUCUUUUUACGCAAACGUCCUAUUCAAUCAUCUGCAUCGCCAGGGUUUACAUAUACUUCAUCGUUUCAGCAUUUUGUUUUACUUUGCGUUUUUUUCUUUGUUUGGGUCGGUCGGUUUUUACGGGAAGACAUAAUGCAGGUGCAGGUGCUUUUUGCAAGCGUUCAUAGGGUCGAAGACGCAUGGGCGACGAGCAGUUUCGGCAUUAUUACCAGGAGUAUCCAGGGCCUUUGUUGAAGGAGACUUGUCAAUAGGAGUAGAGCCCUGGGUCUUGUAGUUACAUCCAUAACACGAAAAAUAUAAUGUGUACCGCUAUGUUC